AUGGCUCACAGUAGACUAAGUGAUCCAGAAUAUAGAAACUGGGUUACUGUUGGUCGAGCAAUCCAGAUUACCCGGAACGGCUUAGAAACCAUAAUUCAAAAUGCUGCUGACAAGUACCACACAUUACUGCUUGCAAAUUUGCCAAAUAAUGUACCUACGUGGGAAUCUCGCUUGAAGAAUGACCAUCGAUCACGUGAUAAAGGAAAAAUAUCCUGGAGCAACAGUGACGACACUCAGUGGUUGACCUUUGGUGCCUCAUGGGAGAUUGAUAAGAUUUUCAUGGCUCCCUUGGGACCGAGAAAGCUUGAUGUAGUCAACGCCAAAACUACUGAUAUAUCGGGACUGCUGAAUGUAUUAGAAUGGUCUCCGAGAGGGACAAAUGGUUUGUUCAACACAGGUGUCGAUCUUUCGAAAAUAGCAGCGGCAAGAAGUGCUAGGAAUCUUUGGGCGCAUGCACCGUUGCUGUAUGUAAGUAAUGCUGACAAAGUCGACGUGUUUGCAUCUUUAACCUCGCUUCUUCAAGACCCAGAACUAAACGGUGACAAAGAUGUCCAAGACGCCAUAAAAGAGCUCAGUAGUUUGUUCCACACUGGUCUAGCGGUUAUUGAAGAAAAAGAAUUGGAA